AUGUCGAAGUCAACGAGUGUGGAACGGAAACAAAGGCGAUUUGAAGUCGAAUGGGAGGGUGUUUAUGAUGAUCUCCGAACUCGCGUACUGAUGUCGGAGAAUUACACGACGGCGAGAUAUCGCAUGUUGCUCAUUUCAGCAAUACGGAAAGACAUUAACGAUGAUUUCAAGCAGCUCUUGGAAUUACAAAUGAAGGUUAGGUUCGGUGAAUACGACGACGCUAUCGCAUGUUUGCAUGAAGUGAUCCGGGAUAAUCGAGAUUUCAUCUACAAAGUGAUUGAUAUGGUUGCAGAUGAUUACAUCCAACGAGGAAUGGAGAAUAUGGAGGGUUAUGGAUGUCUUCUUCAACAUUAUGAGCUUGAUCAAGGUGUGGCAAUCUUCAGAAAAGCAGCGGAUGGGAAUCCGCAGAAAGCGUGCGCUAUAAUGCUCGCAUUUCUUGCAAUUCGCCCUCAAGCUUUCAAUGCUGUUUCUAGUUUCUUGAUGGACAUAUUGCGGAAAUCGGCUGAUCCUCCUCACGGUUUAUAUGCGUUUGGAAACUCCCUGCUAACGAUGAAUUUCGGGAAUUUGAUGCCAGAUGACAUUUUAUUCGUGUGUGAUGCGAUUUUACGAUCUGCAUUUCGAGAAUCGCUCACCAGUGUGGUGGGUUACAACAAAGACAUUCGAAAGAAGUGCGAUAGGAAUGCGAACAAAUUUAUAGGUCUAACUUAUCCAUUUUUCGUCGCCGUCACAUCAAAGCUUGGACUUCCACUAUUUGGAGCUAAGGUGGAACGCUCAGGCGUGCUGUUGGACAAAUUGGUAACGAGCUUACCUGACAAGUGGUCACCACCGGCAACCAGGGUGGUUGUGUAUGCACUGUGCAUAGCAAGGCUCAAAAUGCCAUCCUUCAUCGAGAGUAGAUUCAUUUUUAUUACUCUGGCUGCCUUCAUUCAAAGCAACACGGCAAAAGGAAAUUAG